CUAGAUUACACUGUCAACUCAAAAAGAUCUUAACUAAACUUAAAGUAAUCUUAAUAACACCUUAGCUUUGCUGAAUUUUAUUUAUUUAACGAUUAACACAUCACUUCAAAAUGCCGCGACGUAAGCCUACCACGAAAACCGAUGUCAUUGGAAGUUUGGAUCUCAAUCCCGAAGAUGCAGUCGGUGAAUAUCGCCUUUCGCUUCAGCAGGAGCAGUUCUUUGUUAAGCCACCCAAUUGGGACUCGGCUGGGGAUUCGAUUGAGAUGCUUUACAUAGCCAAUGUGAGGGAAAAUGAAUCCAUGUGUGAACUGCAACGUCAAUUGCUGCGCGAUGCCAAGCGACAGACUGCACUCAAUUAUCAGAGGAUACGAAAGAUGUACAAAAUACAGGAGCGAUUGCGCAAACGUUUCAUUGAGGUGAAUGGCUUUAUUAAGGACUGUGCGGACAAGAAGCGAUCUGCAGAUAAAGCCAUACACGACGAGACAGCACAUCAUAAAGAGUUAAUCAAGGACAUCAAUGAAUUUAAGAAUUCCGUAUCAGUGUUGAAUACAUUUCGACAAGCCUUGAAGGGAACAGUCCGUGAAUUUGAACCAUAUGAGCGCGUGUUAAAUGAUGUUGUAAAGAUAUCAGAUAUUUUUGUCUCUCCCAAGGACUGUAUGGAUCGCUGCGAUGCAUUGAUGCUUGCUCAAGUUGAAAUUAACAGGCUGGGCAAUAGGAAACUUUUGGAGAUUGAAGAAAUGCGUCAACGUAUGCUUAAGAUUACCAGUGAAGCGGCUCUUGCUGUUCUGGGUCUUAAAAACGAUUUAGCCAAACUCGAAAGAUCUUAUAAUCAAUCACGCACAUUGUGUCUUAAAUGGGAAAAGACUCUAAGUACCUGUAAGGAUUCGAUUAUAGGAUAUGAUUUGGACAAAGAUCGUACCUUAGAUGGCAUACAAACCAUAUAUCGUACAUUAUGCAAACGUCGCGAUAUAACUGCAAAGUAUCCUCGUUCUGCCAUGGAACCAGCCAUGGACUUUAUAAAGCGGGAAAUUGAACUUUUAAAUGCAGUUUUGCGUGAAAUGGAAACAACUGGGACCAAUAAGAGCGAGAAAACGGAAUUAAAUGAAACUGCAUAUUGUUAAGAUCUUAGCAAUUUUUAUGAAUUAAAUGUUAAAUGCUGAUAA